CGCUGAGCGAGAAACAUCUACGCAAGCUGUGAAUAGUGCUACAUUGGUGUUGGUCCCGUUAUCAACAGCUGCUCGCGGGAGAACGUAAAGACACCACGAUUAAAAGCUGAACGACAUGCGCCAUCCAAUCAAGAAUUGGGCGCCAUGCUGUCUGACAGUGUUGUUUAUAUUUACAUAUGCCGGCACCCUUGCACAGACUAAAGCGGACGAGCCCCCAACGAGCACACAAACAUCAACGCAAGCAGUGGACGAUUAUCAAGAGUAUGACGAUUCGGCUACAUUGACCGCUGACCUACCGACAUCGGUUGAUGACAUGAAUACAAUACAGUUGCACAGUAAAGUGCAAAUGGAAGUGCAUAAUACUGAGGAGGAGCUUGGUAUCAGUAACGAAAUAUUGAAAAAUGAAAACUCCGUUAUCAAGGUCAAGGUCGACCGGCUGAGCGGGUCGUUCAAGAAAAGCAUAGAAAAAAUCAAAGCCAAACACAAAAGGGUGGACAUUGUGUUUUUAAUUGACGCCAGUUCCAGUGUGGGUAAAGCUAACUUCAUAAGUGAGAUUAAGUUUGUGAAAAAAUUACUAUCCGACUUCAACGUUAGCUAUAAUUAUACACGAGUUGCGGUUGUUACAUUCAGUUCACAGAAAAAAAUUUACCGUCACAUCGACCAAAUUUCGCAAUCAAUUAGGGACAACGACAAAUGCCUUCUUCUAAAUUAUCAAAUACCAAAAAUUGAGUUUAGCGGAGGUGGUACCUACACCUAUGGUGCUCUAAAGGAGGCGGAAAGUAUUUUCAAGUUAGCUAGAGUAGACAGCAAAAAGAUUAUCUUUCUGAUUACUGACGGCUUCUCAAACGGUCGUGAUCCUAUUCCGUUGGCUGACAUUCUUAAGCAAAACAAUGUGGUCAUUUAUUCGAUUGGUAUUCAAAGUGGUAAUUAUGGCGAACUUUAUAACCUUUCCAGCACACCGGGAGAGGAUCACAGCUACUUACUAGACAGUUUCAAUCACUUCGAAACGCUAGCUCGAAAGGCUUUGCACAGUGAUUAUAAAAGCGGAGAAAACAUAGCAGUUAAUUCUAGUCUAUGUGAUGCUUUAUGCUCUAGUGAUAUCAAAUAUAACAAUGACCGUAACGCAGGUUGUUGUGGUGGGCAUGCUUCAUGCAGUUGUAGUACAAGUUCCGGUCACUACUCAUGCCUAUGUCAACCAGGCUUCUUCGGAGAUGGCAUACGAGAAGGUUGCCAGCCCUGUCCCAAUGGCACUUUUUGGGAUGAGAAAAAUCAAUGUACAAAUUGCCCUGAUGCAAAUCACGUAACACUAGUCAUUCCAGCAAUGACUGCUAGCGAGUGCGUCUGUAAGAAUGGUUACAAAGCUGAUGAAACAGGACGCUGCGAGGUAAUCACCUGUCCAGCGCUUACUCCACCGGUGAAUGGUUAUUUUGUAAAGCAACCAAAUGCAUGUGGCCAAGUUCUCAACGCGGCAUGUGGCACUAGAUGUCAGUCAGGUUAUCAACUGGUGGGUGAUAGCAUUCGUCUUUGCCAAGAGAAUGGAUCCUGGUCUGGAAAUGAUCCUAAAUGUGUUUUAAAAACGUGUCCAUCGUUAAAGAUACCUUACUAUGGUCUGGCUGUAUGUAAAAAUUCAGAUUUGAAUCUAUAUUUCGACUAUUCGCCAAGAAAUAAAUCGUUCAUCGCAAACUACAGUGUGUCGAUUGAACGAUUAACGGAACCGAUGCCGAUCGAUACUGACUGCACAAUAAAAUGUGGACAUGGAUUUUAUCUUGUGGGAUCAAGUAACCGAAACUGUUUACCGUUAUCCAAGUGGGAUGGCCUACAAACGUCUUGUAAACAGAUACUUUGUCCUUCUCUCCCGAAAAUACCCUUCGGCGAGUACGAUCCAACGGACUGUGCAGAUCAGAAAUCAGCUCACGGUUCAAACUGUACCCUAAUAUGCAAUUUUGGCUUUGAACUGAAAGGAGGUCCAUCGACCAAGUCAUGUGGAGGCAAACGAAAUGGAGUAUGGACCCAAAAGACAAAAACUCCGCGGUGCGUUGAUGUCACUCCUCCCCAUCUUAUGUGUCCCAACAAUUACACGCUUCCGAUGCAUGAUGACUUCAAUUACGCAAUCGUCAAACGACUAAAUCAGCCUUAUGUCUUUGACAAUGGAGGCGAUAAUUUCACAUUUUGGAGUAAACCAGCGAUUAAAGAUCAUGGCACUAAGUUGUACAAAGGUACUCAUUUAUUCACAUAUGUGGCGAUUGACUCAUUCAAAAAUAAAGCAAAAUGUAACUUCACGGUUACAAUAAUUGAUAACAUUCCGCCCGAGUUUGAAAAUUGUUACGAUCCUCCGAUUUUUUAUGUCACUUCAUCAAAGAACGAAAAUGAAACAUUUGUGGAAUGGGAUGAACCGACGGUAUUCGAUAACUCCAAUGAAAAUGUUACUCUAACGCGAAGCAUGGCUUUUGGGUACCUUGACGUUGGAAACUACCGGGUAACUUACUUGGGUGAAGAUAGCUCUGGUAAUAUAGCUGAAUGUACGUUAAAUGUUACUGUGAGAGAGUAUAAAUGUGAUAGUCUACCAUCGCCGCCAAAUGGCCAAACAGUUUGUGCAAAGAAUUCUUCUCAUACAUGGUGCGAAAUCACUUGUCAGCUCGAACAUACAUUCCAUGAUCAGGAGAGUAGUUCAGUCACUUUAUUUUGUGACAACCGCCACUCGAAAUGGUCCAAUGACACUGUUCCAGAGUGUACUGCGGUAGAGAAACCAACGGCGGUCGAAGAAAUUAUCACCAUCAGCUUAGGUCCAGAUGCAGAAUCAUUGUGCAACAACGAUGCCACGAAAACAGAAGUCGAAAGUAUAUUCGUCAGUAACAUGAGGGAACAUCUGUGUGGUAGCCAGGAAGAUUGCUCGAUCACUACUACGAUCCCAGCAUGCGGUAGUAUUGAAGAACCUGAUGAGACUUAUAAAUAUCACAUUGUGAAAAGAGAAGUAACUUCAGAACAUAAAGCCAAACCUAAAAGGCAGCAAGGUAGACGGGAUGACAGAGCAACCAUCAAAAUAAAUGUUUAUACGAAGCUCUCAAAACGUCUCGGACUCUGGAAGUAUGACGGGAAAAAAUCAGAUAACAUUAAGAAGAUCAAAUUUGAGUUACAAAACAUAAAUAGCAAUGAGAAAUUAAAGAAGCGACUUGGCGAGCUGAACAUGGACCUUAGCAUAUUGAAAUUAGAUGAAUCAAUCCGUUGCCCCAAUGGAAGUGUUGCCAAAAAGCUGGUUUGCGUUCAAUGCCCACGCGGCACCUUUCACAAUCACAGCACUAACGUGUGCACUUCUUGCCCGAUUGGAACGUACAACGACUUUACAGGCCAAUCUGAUUGCAUUCAUUGUCCAGCGCAUCAUUCCACUCGAAAACCGAACAGUAAACAUUCUUCGGAGUGUAAACCUCAAUGCCCUCCUGGAACGGUGGCGAAGCUGAAAGUAAUUAAGAGAGAGAAAAGUCAAAAAUAUCACAAAAGUCUAAUGCCAUUUUGUCGGCGAUGUGACCCGGGUGAGUAUCAAGCAUUAUACAAUAGAAUCAGUUGCGACAAGUGUCCACCAGAUCAUACUUCUCCGCGAGGGUCGACCUCUAUCACAGACUGUGCUCCAAAACGGAACCGGCCAUGCGAGAUGGAUCCACCCGUUUGCGGGACACGAGGACAGUGUGUGCCUGAACCAGUUAAUGACUAUCUUUACAGUUGCGCCUGCAACGAAGGAUUCGUAGGUUCACACUGCGAGAAGGAACUAAAUAUUUGCGCUUCAGCUCCAUGCGCCAAUGGAGGAACAUGUAUAGUUACAAAUGCAACUUCGUUCGAGUGUAUUUGUCCACAAUCCCAUAUUGGUAUAUAUUGUGAACAGUUCGUUGAUCCUUGUUGGCAAGGAUUUUGUCAAAACGGAGGAACCUGCAUUGAAGUUGAAGGGCGUCUGCUGUGUGAGUGUUCGUCCAACCACGAGGGAGAACGUUGCGAAAAAGUGAAAAAUUUUUGCUUGCCAAACCCAUGUGAACACGGAGGAUUUUGUCACAAUGAAGAGGUAGGAUUCAGUUGUUCUUGUUCACCCGGUCGAAUAGGAAAGCGAUGUCAUUUGAAACCUUGUGACUACCUUCCUUGUCCCAAAAAUGCAAUUUGUGUUGACAUUAGUCAGAACAACGCAAACAAAGAAAGCUAUCGAUGUAUAUGUCCCAAAGGUUUAAAGGGUGCAAACUGUUCCGAAUUAGACAACCCAUGUAGUCGAAAUCCAUGCAAAAAUAAUGGAUACUGUACGCCAGUCAAACUUAGAGAUCUUAGUGCUGAAAUUACCCAACAUGCACAUACUGAUACCGAUGAACUAUACACAAGGGUUAUCUGCGAUUGUCCGCCUUAUUUCUAUGGACCUUAUUGCGAAAUCUUUACAACUCCGGAUUUUAUUAUGUUGUUCGAGAAGUCCGGAACAAACGAUUAUGUUAAAAUAGACGGCCCUAGGCGCAAUCUUUCUGAAAUUUCGUUGUGCUCUUGGAUCCAAACACAUGACGAUUUCAACUACGGUUCAGUCAUAUCGUAUGCAACGCCAAACAUAGAUAAUGCCUUUACAUUCACAGACUACAGUGGAUUUGUACUCUAUAUAUCUGGACAGUACGUUGUCACGAACGUUUAUAUUAACGAUGGAAAUUGGCACUUCAUUUGUGUAGCAUGGACCAACCAGAAAGGAUUGUAUGAAAUUUAUCUUGAUGGAGACCUUCACACUACCGGAUAUAAUCUUAGCGAUGGAAACGUGAUCGAAGGGAAUGGCUUGUUUGUUAUUGGUCAAGAGCAAGAUUCGCUUGGAGGUGGAUUCAGUGAAUCGGAAGCAUUCGUAGGCAAAUUAGCUUACUUGGAUGUGUGGAGUCGAGCUCUCAGUGGGUACGAAGUGAGAGAGUUCUACCAUAGCUGUGAGCCAUACCAGGGCGACCUUAUCAAAUGGACUGAUUUGAAAUCGAAGGUAAUCGGCAAUGUAAAACUUCAAAGAUCAGAGUUUUGCCGAGCGUGUGAAAGAAAUCUAACGCUACAGAAUGGUUAUGUAGAAUAUUACGAAAAUCGUGCCUACCUUCGAUGUGAUGAUGGAUAUAAGCUGCAUGGAUCAUAUGAAGUAGUUUGCCUACGAACGUCACGAUGGAGCGACGCGAGCAGCUUCUGUAAACUGAUUCGUUGUGGUUCUUUGGGUUCGAUUCUCAACGGAAAGGUCAUCAUGUCUAAGACUAGUUACAAUGGCGUUGUUCGCUUUGUUUGCGAUGAUGGAUUUUACUUAUCCGGAGUUGAUGAAGCUCGCUGCACGAUUAACGGAAAUUGGUCUGAUUCGCUCCCGGAGUGUAUUAGUAUGGUUAAAUGUCCUGCAUUAGUUCCAUCUCAGAGAUCUAAUAUAAUUUAUGCCUCUGAAAGAGGUGUUUUGAUCAACACUUUCAAUAGCUAUGCAAUAGGAACACUUGCUGAGGUGGGAUGCGAUGAUGGAUUUUCAGUAGAUGGUGAAAAUCUGCUAACUUGUCUGGAAAAUGGAAGUUGGGACAUGUCAAUGCCUGACUGCAUACCUCAGGAAUCCAUAUUGAGUACUACCGAAUUCUAUUCACUGGCAGCAGGAAGCAGUUCAAAAGUACCGAGCAUAAUAAAAAUCAAUCGACGUACUGAUAUUCGGUUCUGGAAGCAAUUAAGAGACUAUUUAUUCUACGGUUGUAAACCAGUAGAUCAGACGAAAAAGUCACAUUUCUGCCAGGAUGGAGAGGAAUUUUCACAUGAUUUGGGAGAUCUCACUUUCUUUGAUUUACCCGAUUCAAACGAGUAUCAAAACAUGGACAGCAAGUUACUCGAACGACUAGAAAAAACUACAAAGCCUGACAAUAAUUUGAAAGUGUACAAUCUAUUGAAGUAUAUAUUGUAUGGUACAAUUGGUUCAAUCAGCAAUUCGCAGCGUCUGUCGAAAGAAGCUGAAGAUUCCUAUAGGUUCGUGAUCUGCUUGUUCAUUGACAUCAUUAUGAUGGACCGAGAAGUUUCCUUCGAUGAAGAGAUUUUGUUGGACAUCAAUUCAAGAGAAAAUACUAAUUCCAAAGUAAAAAGCCUACUCAAAAACGUGGUUCAACCGAUCUACGAGACACAUGUUCGCAUGCAAGAAGAAGAACGUCAGCGAGACAUCAUAAAUCAGAGAAAUGCACUUAAAAGGAUUAUUGCUUUAGCGGAAGAAAAGCGAACUCCAACUUAUUCGUGUAGACUGAACUCUCUGCCAGAUCCUCCAAUUGAUAGUAAAAUUAUUGCUAUAGAGAAUAGUGCUCUCACACUUCAAACGGCUGAUUUGCGGAUUGAAAAACUUCGAAAGCGCACUGAAACAGUUUCCAUUGGAGUUCGUAUGAUAUACGAAUGCAACACGGGUUUUACAAUGAAAGGCCCGGGAUAUGUCGAAUGCUCAAAAGAAGGACAAUGGAGUUACUUGGACAGUUUCUGUGAGGGUGUUCUCUGUGAGCAACCUCCAUUUCCUCCAGGUAUGGUAAUAGCUGACAGCUCAAAGGAUUCACAAUACUAUUAUGACGAUGAAAUCGAGUACAAUUGCCUGGAAGGUUAUGCGAUGCAAGGCCAUCCUAUAAUUAAAUGUUCUGUGGAUGGAAAAUGGUCUCCAGUGAUGGCAAGAUGCACGAAAAUAUCUUGUGGGAAACCAAAGGUUACCAACUCUGCAAAAAUUAUUGCAGGAAGUUCCUAUCAGUUUGGCGAACACCUGAAAAUACUCUGCGAGGAUAGACGUACUAUUGAAAUAACUUGCCAAGCAAGCGGUACAUGGAGCGUGUUCGAAGAUUGUUAAUAUAGACAAUGGAAGAUUGUAUAUAAUUCUCAUUUUGUAUGAUUCAUUAUAUUAUUUUAUUGUUUUCAAAUGCAAAGGAAACUGUUAAAGAAGUAAACUAAUUGUUAUAAAUUAUGGAAUAAGUACAUCGCUGACCAGGGUCCGGAAGACUCAUUCGCCUGCACUGAUAUAAGGAAAUUGCUGGAGAAAAAACAAUGCUGCAUCAAAGAAACUAUACAAUAUAUGAUGAAAUUAUUUUCAUCAAUUACGACAAGUAUCUAAAAUAUACUAAAAUGGUUUUUGUCGUGAAAAAAAACGAAUUU